AUGAAUUAUAGUGAAUUUGUCGAUUCAUUGAGUUCAUCGUACAAAAAUCAAUUAAGUAAACUGACAUCAGCAAGCUCAGAAUCACCUCCAGGAUACAUAUACAAGGAAUUGGUAGAAUACAUAAAAACGGACCUGUCAAAGCUAAACGAAAUAGAAGAAUACAUCAUCAAUAAGCUGUCAAGAAAGGAGCCGUUCAUAAAAAUCAAGUGUUUAAAACUACUGAAACAUUUAUGCACAAAUUUCCCAAAGGACUUCAUAAGAACGAAAGUAACACAGUCAUCAGCAGUACUAGAGUGUAAAAACUACAGAACACCGGCAAACGAAUACAACGGAGAAUACCUGUCGAAGCUAGUAAGAUCAGAGUUCGAACAGUUGAUAAAAGUAGUGUGUUCAUACGACUCGAUAGGAAACAAGACGGAGUCGCAACAGCAAAAUAAAAUGGUAGGAUUCGGAAAUAACCAGUACACAAACCAGUCGAGUAACUACCAAGCACCAGGAGGGUUCGGAAACCCGAACCUGAGUAACCCUAAUACAAGUUAUAACGCUAACAUGGUAAACAGAGGAGUGGGAAGCUACGGGAACCCAGGAAUGAUGGGAUUCGGAAACCCGAACAUGCCGAGGAGGCAGAGCACAAACUCGAACAGUUUCACCUCGUUCGCAAGCAACUUCACGCCGACAGUGUCGGAGCUUAAAAACGCAGGCAACAACGCACUGAAGAUGAUCACGCACGCAGCAAACAAGUACAUACCGUCGGAAAUCAGAGAUAAGCUGGAAAAGGUGGGCUCAGCAAUAACGUCGACAGCAACAGAGCAGUUUGAAAAGUACCUGGGAGGAAGAAGCCCAAUGGGAAGAAGCGCAUCAAAGAGCCUCAACAACUCGAUGUACAAUAGCAGAGGCUACGGAAGCAGCCACCCACAAGGAUUCGGCCCGACGCAGCAAGGGUUCGGAGGAACCCAAGGCAGCGUAAACUAUCAGCCAGGGGGAGGGCCGAGCGCGUAUAACCCAGCGUCGUACAGCGCAGUGGGUUACAAGCCGCAGCAGCAUUACAGUCAGUCACAGUACACCCCGCAGCCGUUCGCUAAUCAGCAGCCAUUUGGCCCUCAGGGGUACGGGAGCAUGCAGCACACGUCUAGCGCAACAGCCUUUUCGCAGCAGCAGAGCCUGAGCCACGCAUCAAGCAUAAACCAGGGCUUCGACCCCUUCACGAAGCAGCAGAGCUUCACGCCGAGGGAGCGAGAAGUGGAGUUUGUGAAGGAAAUGCUCACGUUCACAGGAAUCAAGGUGUCGCCAUCGCCAAGACUGAUCGACGAGUACAUGGAAAAAAUGAAGGAACUGGACAAGAAGAUAGUGGUGGAAGAGCUGCUGAAGCACUUAAACGCAAGGUCGCCGAAGUGGCAGACGCACUUUAGAAUACUAUGCAUAUUUGAAUCCUUGUUCCAGAGAGGAGGCCUGGACGAGGCGCUGGUUAAGGAGCUGAAGAAGACAGCGACGCCAAUAUUUAACAAGUGCAAGGAGGAGGCGCAGCUGUCGAACAAGGCCUCAAAGCUGCUGACGAUGCUGUCAAGCAUGAAGGGAAGCGGAGUGACUGACGAAGUGUCAGAGUUCUUUGGAAAGAGCGACACAAGCGGCGACAUGCUUGGCAGUAACACGAGCGCGUCUGCGCUGAAAAGAGAGACUUCCGCUGACAUGGUACAGCAGAAGGAAGGAGACCCGUUGGAAGGGAAGUCAGAGGACAUAUUUGCAAACAAAAGCGGCAAAGCGAACCCGGCGCUGGUCCCAGUGGGAUCGAACCUGGACGAGUUCGACCUCUUCUUCAGCAACACGACGAGCAUACAGGAAAGCGCUAGGGAGACCAAGGUGGAGCAGAAGAACCCGGACCCGUUCGACUUCGACGCGCUGUCCUUCGAGAACACUGGUCAGAAGACGACCCGGGAAGUCGGGGCGCCGCAGCAGUCGCUCGAGUCGAUAUCCAGCAACAUCGACAACAACCUGGACCUCUUCGACAACACGGACUUCAACGCGGAGCUGCUGAGCGCCAGGGCGCGGAGCCAGCAGCCGCAGUUCCAGGCGCCGAAGCCGAGCGCAGGGCCGGAAACAUUCGACCUUCUAUAG